ACAAUUUAGGAUUGUACCGUUGAUCUGAACAAACGGGGACAAGUAUAGCUUUGGAUCAAGCAAUCAAUCAGAAAUAAUAUGAAACAAGACAAACAACAGAAAUGUUUACGUUUUUUUUGUUUUUACUUUUAUAAAAUGUUAUUUUAAACCAAGAUGCCUGAUCAAACCAAUGAUGAAGAUUAAAUGUUAUUUAAAUGUCAAGCAUGAAGAGGUUCUGAUUAACAAUGUGUGUGGUAUAUAUAUAUUUGUUUAUGAUUAUUAGAAGAUAAUUGCAUUUCUGUUUUUCAUUGUAUUUCUUUCUGAGUUUUUCUUUUUAUUUCUUUUGGAAAGGAAAUACAUCUGUAUGCAAACCAAGAAACCGACCCCAAUAAUAAUAAUAAUAAUAAUAAUAAUAAUAAAUGAGAAAAGAUGUUUGAAUACACUAUGGACUUAUGGGGAUAGAGAUAGAGGAGGGUUUCUGGAGCCACAUUCAUAUUAUGUAAAUAGGGUGCAGGAGCAUGUGUCAGUUAAACCGCAGUGCCAUGCGAAAGGGAGCCGAGGCAGAGGCUUUGCGCGGCAGACGCCGGGGCCGUCGGUAGAUGGCGGUAACCCAAGAAACCUGAUCCAGCGGGCUCCCGUGCACUCCGUCUCAGUUUGCAGCACUCGCGUUGAAGGCAGAGGAGCCGAACAGUUUGAAGGACAUCAAAAGAACCGGGAGAGCUCGCGCCUCCCCAGUUUUGCGCGCAGCCGGAGCCGGAGCGCAUCGCCGGACAGAGAAAACGGGAGAACUAAGAAGACCAUGGAUGACAAAUCUAAUUCACUCUCCAGCAACAAGGAGGAGAAGGCGGAUGGGAAUAAUGUUUUUCAGAGGCAAGACUCGAUACAGAAAAAUAACACCGGGAGCCAGAAGGACCAUGGCAACUCGGUGGGCUUCAAGGGGGAGCGGGAAGAGGCCAUGGUCGGUUUUGACGAUCUGGAGGGGGCGUCCCGGCAACACGGGUUUAUGCAAAGGCAAUUUGGGGCCAUGAUGCAGCCCGGAGUCAAUAAGUUCUCCUUGCGUAUGUUCGGCAGUCAGAAAGCCGUGGAGAAAGAACAAGAAAGGGUCCAGACGGCCGGAUACUGGAUCAUUCAUCCAUAUAGCGAUUUUAGGUUCUACUGGGACUUGAUAAUGCUCAUCAUGAUGAUGGGGAAUCUAAUCAUCAUUCCUGUGGGAAUAACCUUCUUCUCAGAGCAGACUACCACCACCUGGCUGGUCUUCAAUGUGGCUUCGGACACCAUCUUCCUGGUGGACCUGGUCAUGAACUUCAGAACGGGGAUUGUCAAUGAGGAGAGCUCUGAGAUCAUCCUCGAUCCCAAGGUCAUAAAGAUGAAUUACCUGAAAAGCUGGUUCGUUGUGGACUUCCUCUCCUCCAUUCCGGUGGAUUAUAUCUUUUUAAUAGUGGAGAAAGGCUUUGACUCUGAGGUAUAUAAAACGGCCCGUGCCCUGAGAAUCGUUCGCUUCACCAAGAUCCUCAGUCUUCUGCGCCUGCUAAGAUUGUCCCGGCUCAUCAGAUACAUUCAUCAGUGGGAGGAGAUUUUCCAUAUGACCUAUGACCUGGCUAGUGCAGUGGUAAGAAUAUUUAAUUUGAUAGGGAUGAUGCUGCUUCUUUGUCACUGGGAUGGCUGUCUCCAGUAUCUGGUGCCUCUUCUUCAAGACUUCCCUCCUGACUGCUGGGUGUCCCUAAAUGGUAUGGUUAAUGUUUCGUGGGGUAAGCAGUACUCCUAUGCCCUCUUCAAAGCCAUGAGCCACAUGCUGUGUAUCGGGUACGGUGCCCGGGCACCUGUCAGCAUGUCUGACCUGUGGAUCACCAUGCUGAGUAUGAUUGUAGGAGCCACGUGCUACGCCAUGUUUGUGGGCCAUGCUACAGCUCUAAUCCAGUCUUUGGACUCGUCACGCAGGCAGUACCAGGAGAAGUAUAAACAAGUGGAGCAAUACAUGUCCUUCCACAAGCUUCCAGCAGACCUACGGCAGAAAAUUCACGACUACUAUGAACACCGUUACCAGGGCAAAAUCUUUGAUGAAGACAACAUCCUGAGUGAGCUCAACGACCCGCUCAAAGAGGAAAUUGUCAACUUCAACUGCCGGAAGCUGGUGGCCACCAUGCCUCUGUUCGCCAAUGCCGACCCCAACUUUGUGACGGGGAUGCUGAGCAAAUUGAAGUUUGAGGUCUUUCAGCCCAACGACUACAUUAUCAGGGAAGGCACGGUGGGGAAGAAGAUGUACUUUAUUCAGCACGGCGUCGCCAGUGUCAUCACCAAGUUCAACAAGGAGAUGAAGCUGACUGAUGGAUCUUACUUUGGAGAGAUCUGUCUGCUCACCAAGGGUAGACGAACAGCAAGCGUGCGUGCAGACACAUACUGUCGACUCUUCUCCCUCUCCGUUGACCAUUUUAAUGAGGUGCUAGAAGAGUACCCCAUGAUGCGACGUGCUUUUGAAACAGUUGCCAUUGAUCGAUUGGACCGCAUCGGGAAGAAGAACUCCCUGCUGCUGCAGAAGUUCCAGAAGGAUCUGAACGCAGGCGUUUUCAACACACAGGAGAACGAGAUCUUGAAGCAGAUAAUCCGUCAGGACAGGGAGAUGGUGAUGAUGGUGGACCGCAAGCAGUCAGUCACCGGGAUGAACUCGACACCAAUGUCUGGAAACUCGAUCAUUAACUCACCAGCCCAGCCGCCCUACUCCACUGCCUUCGGUACCACCCAGCUUCAGCAGUCCCCUGCACCCAUGUCCUACAGUGCUUCGGCUAUUGCCAAUGCCUCCGUCGCCCGCAUGCUGCCGCCCGGUGCUGCCGCCGCAGUGCAAGGGAUUUACCAAGCUCCGAGUGUUUCCCACGGCAGCAUGAAUUCUUCCUCAACCAACCCACAGACACCGUUGCAGCAGCCAGGGGCAGUCAUGUCCCCCUGCUCCUUUACAGCUGCCAUGUGCAGUCCACCAGUGCAGACCCCUUUGGCUAGCAGGAGCUUCCAGUAUGGCUCACCCACCGCCUCCCAGCUGUCUCUAAUCCAGCAGCCUCUCGCCCAGCCGUCUCUAUCUUCACAGCAACCUGCUGCUGCCGGAUCGCAGCAACAGCAGCAGCAGUCACCUCAGCAGCAGCAGCAGGUCCCUUCACCUCAGCGGGGAGACAUCCACAAGAGCACACAGGCUCUUCAGUCCGGAAGCUUGAGUCGAGACCUCCGACACUUAUCGGCCUCCCAACCAUCACUGCCACAUGACACGUCUCUGGGGCCCAGAGCUCAUCCAGCCUCUGGAGAAUCUCUGGCCUCCAUAGUGCCACCAACAGCGGCAGCCAUCCAGGGUAUAAGUCUACAAAGUGGCAUCCGCACUACAGUGCCCCAGCGGGUCAAUUUGUUCCGCCAGAUGUCUUCAGGAGCCUUGCCGCCUGUGCGUUCGGCUGCAGCGGCGGCGGCAGCAGCGGUGGCAGCGGCGGCCUCGUCGUCCUCAGCCCAGCACAGGGAAUCCCCUGGAUCUAGGAGAGAUUCUGUCCUGAGCAGUACAGAGACUGAGCAAGACAAAAUGCGUUUUUCAUCAAAUUUAUGAUCUCAUAUUUCUCAUCCCCGUCUCUUUUUUUAAACUUAAAUACAUUCUCAAUUCAUUUAACUUUUUGAAAUAGAACGAAAGAGGAAAAAAUGAGGAAUUCCUGCAUUUUGUCUCUAUCCAAUUCUUUUCUUAACUAACCUCAUAGAUCUCUUGUAUAUAUAAUCCCUUGUAUUAUAUUUUAGACUAUUUUGUUUCCCUGAACUUAAGAAUGUAUAAUAUAAUGAUACAUCUCUGUCUCUCUGUCUGUAUGAAUGAACGUGUGUGUGUGCGAAUGUGUGGAUGCAUGUGUCUAUCAAUCAAAUUAAAACUACAAUAUUGACAAUUUUAAACUGUAGUAUAAACUCAAGUCUUCCUUUCUGAAAAAAAGAGAAAAAUUUCAUUAUAUGAACAUUUGAUUUUUAAUUCAUUUUCUUCUAAUUUUCUCCAACUGGAUGCAUUUUUAAUUUUUUUUAAUGUUUUUUUUUAACUGAAUGAACUGUCUUCUCCUAUCAAGCAGCUUUAGAAACCACUGUGGAACUUUAAAUGCAAGUAACUAUUACAAAAAAAUGAAAAAAUAAAAUAAAAAAGCACAUACUGAUGAAAUAAUUCUCACAUUAAUAAACUAAGGACAUUUCCUAAAUCAGCAUAAACAAGUAUUAAGCUGUUUUUCAGUGGGGAAAGAGAGUCUGUGGAGCCACCAGAUCACAAAAGCUCACAUUUAAACCAUGACAGUGUUAUGGGUCCAAAGGGAAUAGAUAAUGGAAAUGCUGCUUUCUUUGUUUAUUUUUUAAAGGAAGAUGGAGUGUGGAGAUGGAUGCUGUUGUUUUCCAUAUUCUGAGUUUAGAUGACUGAGAUGUUAUGUAAUGUUGCUUAAAAAUUCUGUGUAUAUUUAUAUUUAUAAACUAAAGAUUAUCACCAUUAUGCAAUAGACUGUGACAUAAAGAUUACUUAUAUGUGUGCUGUAAAUAGUUUUGUAGAUCUAGACUUUGCAGAUACUGUGUUGUGCAUUCUCUAUCAUAACAAUGUCUUACUUUUAUCAGGAACCUGGAUAUCAUCUAUAUUGCGACAGAAACUAGGGGACAAAAUAUGUAUGUUUUAUAAGAGAUGAACCUUAAUGCAAUAGCUAGCACUACUUGAUGCUAAAACUUACCUGAUUGAAAGCCAUCCAUAGUUUCAUGUUUUUUUUCCGUUCGAGCUUAUCAUCCUGUUAAAUGUAAACUCUUAGUUUGUAUUGACUCACAUCCCGAAGCUGCUGAAAACCAUAUCAUUAGUAUUUCCCAAGGUCUAUGCUGCGUUACAUGUAGGGGUGGACUGUAGACUUACAAUUCUCUCUAAAAAUGAAAAAAAAAAUUAACCUUCAAACUUGCCUAACACCCCUAUUUUUUUAGGUUCUGUCCUAUUAUUGUUAAUGUGGCUACAAGUCUAUCAUCAUAUAUGUUUUCACUUACAAAUGUCAGGUAUCAAGUUGCUCAAGUGUCCAUUGGAACAUGUUCACCAUGCAGGCAGUGUUUCUGUGCUGCACUUUAUGAGGGAAAAAAGAAAAUGCUGGUUUGCAUUAAGGUUUCUGUCUCGUUUAAGUUCAUCUUGUGGGCUUAGGUACUCUUAACUGACCUGGGCGUUAGAACGUAUCAAGCAAGAAUAUUGUGACUCUAUCAACAGGAUUAGUAAGUAUUCCUACGUAUUGAGUCAUCUGGUUCUUUCUAGAGUAGGUUGUGCUCAAGGCCUUACUGCACUCAUCAGUUGUGACUACAAAUGCACAACUUCUAUUUGGAGUCACUUUUUUUUCGCGGUACCAUACAGCCCUUCAGUUCACAGUCACUAAGCCCCCUUAGAGAUUUACGAAAGAAUUACAAGGCUUUAUCACGUGUCGAUAGUGUACCGUCAACCCACCAGUCUCAUGAAAAGCAUGCACUGUCACGAAUACUUAGAAAGAUACUAUCUCAAAAUGUUGACGUUAAAUGUACUGUUAGAUUCUUGUUUUGUUCAUUGUUUGUCUGCUUAGAAGUUAUCUCUGUGUGAAGAGAAGCAUUGACUUUUUACAUGAACAUCCUAAAGUAUUUGUGCCUAAACUAUCGCCAUGUUCCAUCCUUUGUUAAGAGUGUCAGCUCAGUGCAUUCAAGGGUCAUUUCUGCACACGGCUGCGCAUACUUUCUUACUAUACUCUGUAUUCCAUGUCUCAAUGUUUUUAUACAAGAAAGGAGUUAGUAACGAUCAUGGCCAAAUGUACAUCCGAUUGGGAUCGGGGAGACUUCCGUGGGGAGUUUUCACUCAAAAUAAUGUCAUGAGGUCAUGUAGUUUAAAAAAAAAAAAGAAAAAAAAAAAUGAAGAAGAAGAAGAAGAAGUGCAAUCUUUAGACUUGCAGUAAUAUCACGUUCAAUGAGACAUUGUACAAAUUUGGAGCACCUUUAUACAUGUCUUUGUAGCUAGUCAUUGAUGUUACGGUUGAACUCUGAUGUGUGGAAAGAAACUGGCCAAAGCAAAACAUUCUAAGUCAUUGUCUUUGUUUUAAAUUGCACUUUCUGACUUACUAAUGAAAAGCUAGAGAAUUCUUUCAGUAGGAAAGGGAGCAAUAUAUACCAGGGAAUUUUAUUCUACCCUGAUCUUGUUUAAGGUCCUAAUGAGGAAGAGAUAUUCUAUUUAUGAGCGAGAGUACUUAAUUGUGAAUAUGCCAUAGCGUAUAAGAAAAAGUGCACAGUCAAGAUGGAUUGCAGCACUGUUGGUUUGUGCUGUUCUUGAUACUUGCCUUUGGAGAGAGAAAGCGUCCUAACUAUGUGCUUUUUUUUCACUGUCCCAACUGCAACUAACGCACCGGAAUGGGCAUUAAAGGUCAUCUAUGGCUUCAAUGUAUCAGUUAUACCGUUUCUUUCUCCUUUUUCUUUUGGUGGAUUGAGGGAAAAAAAGACACAAAAUGAACUUAUUUAUUUCUAGAGUGAACAAGCCGAAUGUUAUUUUGGUUUGAAUGAUCGAUGUUUCCCAUGUUUACUCAUGAUAUGCAGAGUGGAGAGCGGGGUGGGAGUGAACAUGAGAUGUUUGUUACCCUCCCCUCUCACGUGACUAUUGUUUUGGCUCAUUCAUAUAAUCCAAGGCUUAGAGAAACGAACCGUCAGUUGGUUACUUAACACGAAGGAAUGAAAGGUAAAUGUAAACUUUCUUACAAUAAUAUGCAGACAAACAAUGUUUGUCAAAAACUCUUUUUUGAUUUUUUUUUCUUUGUAAAUAAUAAACCUUGAAAAUAUAGAAAAUAAAAGACAUAUUGUCAUUUAAAA